UUGAUGCGUUUGACUCGUAGUUCAUAAAACCGCGUUCGAGUAACGCCCCAGACAGACUUCUGUUGACCACAACGUCCUCAGUCGUGGAGCCUAACUACGGAGCUUCGGACCGUCAUAAGUCCCAUACUCUGCAUUGCAAUUUUGAACAUGGCAAGUCAACUGGACGUGUACCUUGAUGGGGAAGGACUCCCGAAGGAAGCUCUUGCCAUCUUCGAGACACUUCAAGUGUCCAAGGAGCAACAGCGUCAGAUCAUGAAAAUUCUGAACCAGUCGAUGGACAGGGGACUUCGGGCAGACACGAGGGACGAGGCUGCGCUGAAGAUGCUCCCAUCCUACGUUAGAUCGCUGCCCAAUGGAACAGAAAUGGGCAGAUUCAUGAGCCUCGAUAUGGGAGGGAGCAACUUCCGGGUGCUGUUGGUCGAGCUUACAGACGAAGGGUUGACGACUACGGUGGACAGAUACCACAUACCACAUGAGAUUUUAUUUGGUACUGCUGAUUUGUUUUUCGACUACAUUGCAGACCACAUCGAAAUAUUUCUGAAAACGCACUGCCCGGCUGGUAUAUGUGACGAUCUUCCGCUAGGUUUCACGUUUUCAUUCCCAUGUAACCAGCACGGACUAGAUUCAGCUGAGUUAGUGAUAUGGACCAAAGGCUUUGCCGUACAGGGUGUUGUGGGGAAGGACGUCGUGCUUUUGUUGCAGAAAGCCUUAGACAAAAAGAACAUCAAGGCUCGCACGGUAGCUCUGAUAAACGACACGGUGGCAGUUCUGAUAGGUGGUGCUUACUACGACCACAAUUGUCAAAUUGGACUCAUCGUUGGAACCGGCAUAAAUGCAGCGUAUAUGGAACCACUCAGCAAUGUUGGUAAAUGGAAAGGGGACAAUAACGAACCACGUCAAGUUGUCAUCAACAUUGAGAUGGGUGGCUUUGGGGACGAGGGCGUCAUCGAAUUCGUAAGGACUGAGAUCGAUCUCGACCUGGAUAAUCGAACAGUCAACAAAGGCAACCAACGGGUUGAGAAGAUGAUUUCGGGAAAGUAUCUAGGCGAGGUGGCCAGGAUUAUCCUGGCAAAGCUCGCUCAUCUGGGAGUUGCGUUCAGGGGCAAGCUGCCAAAGCCACUGGAAGAAGACUGGAUUUUCACUACCAGCUUUAUUUCUGAAAUUGUUGAAGGAGAUACCGAGGAUAGUCAACCGAACUGCCGUCGGAUUCUACAAUCGCUUGGAGCAGACGAUCCUUCUCCCGCCGACUGCAGACUUCUGCACGCUAUCUGCGCUCGUGUCACGCAGCGUAGCGCGAUGUUGGCGUCAUCCCUGGUGGCUGGACUACUGUCUCGCCUUAAGAAGCCUAAUAUGAGCAUCGCUGUAGAGGGCAGUAUGUAUAAGGGCUUUCCCGCCUUCCGGGAGCGGAUGACUGAACAGGUUGCCGAGCUGUCUCCAAAUUACAAGGCGAAAUUUGUCCCGGUGGAGGACGGGCCUGGAAUUGGGUCGGCAGUCCUGGCAGCAGUUGUCACCAGAAUGACUCAAGAAAAGCAUUAAAAAUUGAGAACCAUUUCAGUCUGAACUUCUGGAAAAUGUUUAAAAGCACUUUUACGCCAGCAUUAAAACUAUUUUUUGCUCUUUUUCAACUUGGUAACUCCGGUUGAAUACCUAGGUAUCUGCUACUUUCAGUUGGGCUGGAUUUAAAAUACGACGGUCCACAUUACAUUAAUUUUUCAUGGACCCUAAUCAUUCAUUUAUUCGUUUAAGAUUAUUUGCAAAUCGUGAUCGAUGACCAUUUUUCUUAAUAUUAUGCACAGUCAUGAUAUAUACUUUAGCUCAUUUAGGGUUUUCAGGCUGAUAACUAUAACGGUUAUCGUCAUGUGUCCUUACCCUUUCGUCUGUUAUCAUUUCUGUGUGCGUCAUCCUGGUGCUUUAUCUCCCAAGGGCAUGGAUUAAACAGUUUCAUAAAACAAUUAGGAUGACUUCAGUGAACUGGUUCACCAUGCGAAAGAGGCAUGGCCGAUAGUGGGAUGCUGAUUCUUUACAGUUAGGCUACGUUAACCAUUAGGAUUUCGUACGUGACACAGGAAUGAUAUCUAGACACAGAUAAACUAAAAGGCCUUCACGCGAUCCAAAGAGAUAGAGUAGGACAUCAAUAAACUUCCCCUUAGUCGCCUGAACUGUAUGACUUGCCGUUUUAUUGGAAUUUCUGUGACUUGGAUCUGUUUGCUCUUUGUUGUGGGUGGAAGUUAUUAUUCUGAGGGAAUUGGGAAGGCUUCAGUUGGUUUUCGAGCGAAAUUUGAAUGCAAUGUCUAGGGACAAACCUCAGAGUAACGUCUCGGCGUUGACCUUCUCGUGCUCUUGUGAACGAUUUUCAAUGAUUUAACCCGGGUAGCCGAACAGGACGAAAUCUUCCAAUUUUAAUUUGAAUUUACACACGCCAUAGGGAGUUAGCGCCAAUGGGUAGAUUUUGAACACAGUUGGUAAUUAAAAAAUUAGUUGUAUUGAGUGUGCGCAGUAAUGCGAAUUUUAUCUGUUUGUU